CUGUGACUCCGGUGCACUCGCUAUGCGCCUGUUGUUGUCCCGGGCAUCUCCGACGCUCCUCCGUGCGUGUCCCCUCGUCCGUGAAUUCUCUCGAAACGCGUGGGUCGUCGCAUCGCGCGGGACGUCGCGCUACCACGUUACUGCCGUCAGCUGUUCCACGAGCGACCGCAGGGGCACGACCAUCUGCGCCCUGUCCUCUGGUCAUGGAAAAUGCGGCGUGGCAGUGGUGAGAGUAUCAGGAAGCCGAUCUCUGGACGCGUUGAAAAAGAUGACAAACAUAUCCAAGCUGGAACCGAGGAGGGCUUUUUUGCGAAAGAUACAUGAUCCAGAAACGAGGGAAAUCAUCGACAAUGGGCUCUGCUUGUGGUUUCCCGGUCCGCAUUCGUUCACUGGCGAGGAUUCCGUGGAGUUUCACGUGCACGGUGGACCGGCGAUCCUGACGAAGCUGAUGCAAGCCCUCUCGAGGCUGCACGUGCAGCCGGCGCAACCGGGCGAGUUUACCAGACGCGCCUUCUACAACAAUAAACUCGACCUGACGGAAGUGGAGGGCCUGGCCGAUCUGAUAGAGGCCGAGACCGAGUGCCAGAGGAAGCAGGCGCUGCUGCAGGCCGACGGUAUCCUGCGCAAGCUGUACGACAGCUGGCGAAAGGUACUCUCGGAGUCCGUGGCGAGUAUCGAGGCGUACAUCGACUUCGGCGAGGAGGAAAACAUCGAGAGCGACGUGGUGCAGAACGCGCACCACGCUCUCCGACAGCUGAUGCGGGAAUUGGAGCAGCACCUGGCCGACGGCAGGCGGGGCGAGAUCCUGCGCAACGGGGUGAGGACCGUGAUCGUCGGCGAGCCCAACGUGGGCAAGAGCAGCCUGCUGAAUCACCUGGUGCAGCGAAAUGCCGCCAUCGUCACGCCCAUCGCCGGCACCACGAGGGACGUCAUCGAGCUGACCGCCAACAUCUCGGGCUACCCCGUGCUGAUAGCCGACACCGCCGGCAUCACGGAGGACACCGGGGACAUCGUCGAAGCCGAGGGCGUCCGUCGAGCGAGAAGCCACGCGGAGAACGCCGACUUCGUGAUCGUCGUGGUGGACGCGCGGAAGUGCGCAACCAGCGGCGUGACGUACGAAGACUACAUGCGCGAAUACCUGUCGUCACUGGGGAUACAAGAGUUACUGGUGAAAAUCGGGAGAGAACGUUUCAUCGUGAUAGCGAAUAAAAAAGACUUACUGACGGAGGAAGAAAAACAGCGCCUCGGCGAUGCUGAAGGAGUUCUGGUAUCUUGCAGAACGGAGGACGGUUUCCAGGACUUGCUGCGAUCGCUGACAGACCGCUUCAGUAACAUAUGCGGCGAUCCAUCCGCGGAGAGUCCGACCAUCAGUCAGGCGAGGCACAGAAAUCACUUGGCGCAGUGCUUGAGGUAUCUGCAGAACUACUUCGAAUUGUGCGCCAACGAGCGGUAUGACGUGGCCAUAGCGGCGGAGGAAAUUCACAAGGCGAUGCGAGAACUCGGAAGGAUAACGGGGCACGUUAGCACCAAUGAUAUACUAGACAUUAUAUUCAAAAACUUUUGUAUCGGCAAAUGAAGCGCUGCCACUUGUACACAAUAUUCGUAGCGCUUGUAUUUUUUUUUACAAGAUACUUUGCAAUAUUUUCAGUUGUGGAGUAAUCGCGAUUAGAUGUUAUUUAAAUGUAGAAUAUGUCACGAGUUAUUUGUAUUAUACACGUAUAUAACAAGCAGACAGAUAGUCUUUUCGAUAUUUGAAGCAUUGCUUCCGUAACUGUCUAUUAUGAAAAGAAAAAUUAGAAAAUAAAUCGGAAUUAUCUGUGCAUAUAUAUAUUUUUUUUCUCAUGGUCUUUUUCUUUUUAAGAACAUGAUUUUAAUCAAGCACGGUUGAUCAAAACGGAUUGCGGUAGCAUGAAGCAAAAUGAAUGGAAAGAAGGGAGCCUUCAUAAGCAUCGUAUGUUUAUUAACAAUGUUACACGCACAAUCAUACAUAGAACAACCUUUUGCCUGAUUAUAAGAUAUCGAUACCCUACGCGUUAUACACAGAUAGGGCUCCGUUACGUGGUUUCAAGUCGUUAUCUGUAUGCCAUGUCCGUGUUAUGUGUGCUAUCUCGUUAUUAUGACGUUCGUCACAAUAACUCCGCUCGCUCUCGCAAAAAGGAUAAUUUAACUUGAAAUAACGAAAGUAGAACAACUCGACUAAAAGGGAAAGAGAAAGAAAAAAAUAAAAAUAAAGAAAAAGGAUUAAAUUGUAUACAAAAAUUCGCUUUUUAUCGACUCGAACAAUUUCUUAUACAUGUCUUACAAAAUCUGUAAGACAUGUGUGAUUUCCGGAAUAAAGAAGAAAGUUUCCCUAUCUAAAAAAAUAAAAGAAAGAAAAAGAUUCGAGUUGUUACGAUUGACCAUUAAAUGACAUCGUUACAAAGUCUGUUGCAACUGCUAAUGAAAUUUCCCGCUUUCUAAUCAUGCUUAUUGUGUUAUAAUUUCAUUUUUUUUACAAUGACUGCGUCCAAAUAUUAACAAAUAUAAUCUUUUUCACAUUUGCAUGGUGACUCUUCGUCCCUAUCCAUUAAGGAUCAAUUUUAAUUCGCGUGAUUCAUUGCGAGUCACCCAUGAAAUUUUUUACGCGCGCAGCGAGAGGUCACCAACCGAAUAUGCUAUUUAAUAUAAUAUGAUCAGUCCAUAUAAAGAAAGCGAAUGGCUUAUAAAUAUAUAUAAAGAUUUGGCGGAUUCAUCACGCGACUCAUCACGCCGCGCAGGAUUCGAUUGCUUAUUCCUCCUUUCUCUCUGUCUCUCUCUCUCCCUCUCUCUCUCUCUCUCUCUCUGGUGUGUGUCCCCCUUUUUUUCUAUAUUAUAUAAAUCCGAUGUGUAGAAUCCUCGGUAAGAGUAGACUGCUCGUUUGUACAAUUGUAUAGAAUAGUUUGAGAUCUAUCCGAAAGCAAACUGACUCGCGCUGCACGUCCGAGACGCAUUUUUAUUUACGUCGAAGAUCGUUUUAAUUUUCUAUCUAUACACGCUCUACUUUUUUUCACCCAAUUUUUGCUUUUUUUAUGUAUAUAAAGACUUAAAUUAUUGCGCAAGAUCGUCCGGUCUCUCUUGUAGAGAAACAAAACUUCGCUACGCAUCGUUCUUCUUGUUCCUUUUCCCCGCGAGACCGGACCGAUCACGCGCAACCGUUUUCUGUAAUCCUUAAAUGCCACUAGCAGUGAAAUUUCGUUCGUCCAAUUUUUACGAAAAAUCAUAGUAGAAUUUAAAGAUUAUAAUGCGAACCUAAUGAAUCGCAAUCGAGUACAUCCGUCAGAGCAAAAAGAAAUUCAGGAGCGUGAACUCGCGACUUAGAAAAUGAACAAAAAAAAAGAGCUGCUCUUUAUCAAAUACAAAAAUAUACAACAUUCUUUUAUAUAUUACUUGAAAUAUAAUAAUCUAAUGUGAAUUUUUAUCGAACAAAUCGGAACGUUGCUCGUUAAAUAUAAAAAUAUGUAACAUUCUCUUACAUUUCAAGCGUAAUAAGUUAAUAACCGAACAAAAAUUUUUAUCGACUCGCUAAAUCUUGAAUCAGAAGAGUUGAAUACAAUUAGACAAUCUCAAAUAGUAAAAUCGAGGUGAAAAUCAAUCGCAACUUAUAUUUAAGAUGUAUUUAUCUCGCUUGAAAAGCACACACAGAAUUGCGCGCUCGGUUUAGGGCCGGAUACGGAUGAACGCAAGCGUUUCAGAAGGUUCCCUCAUACCGUGGCAGAUACGAACGAGAAAGGAGAAACGAGAAGUCUGUCGAGGACCGACUCGAAAACUGGUCGGUUCCCUCUCUCGUCCCUAAAUGACCCACGACCCUGCCAACCCCGCAUGUGUGUGGGGUAGACGUCCACAUUCGUCCAUUUCAUUCUCCCAGUUUCCUCUCCAUCUAAUACGUCCCUUGUAUAACGGCGGAUACGAGGAAAGAAAAGCAGACAGUGAAAGAUCUAUCGUGGACUUGGAAUCGAAAUUAUUUAACGUAAUAAUUUAAAGCUCUAUAUAAGAAAAGAGGUGAAAGAAUGUAGAAUGCGAUGAAAGGUGAAAACGAUCUUGAGGACAAGUCACGAAGGCGCUUCGUGACAGGAACGCAAUGCGUUUCAAAAAUGCGAAUCAAAUCUUUUCAUAUAUAUAUUUAUAUUUUUUACUAAUUAUGCAAUAUUGAAACAGGUAAAUUCGUUCGUGACUCAGGAAAUGCAUAUCCAUAGCGAUCCCAUUUUUCUAUCCUUAAAUUGAGCCACAGAGACCCCAUCCUUCCAUUCCUAAAAUGAUCCCGAAGGCCCGUCUAUUUGUCUAUUUCCAUUUCCUUUCUUCGAUAAUCUUUUCCUUUUUUUUAUUCCUUUCCGUUAUUAAAUAAAUUAAAAACUAGUUUCUUCGAAGCUCUCGCAUCCAAAUUUUAACAAUCAUAAAUUAUUUCACAAAAGACGAGAAGCAAACGCUCAGUUAGUGUAAAGGGAGAACACGAUAUAUAUGGAUGCAUUAACUAAAUUAAAAUCGGAAAAAAAGAAAAAUUAUCAAGAAAAAAAACUGAUGACGGACUUUUUGAACCAUUCGGAAUGGGGAGGUGAUCUUCUUGGACCAACCAGGAAUGAGAGAAAGAAUCGAAUGGAAGAUUAAGAAUCUGCAGUUUGAUCCACGAUAAGGCCCUUUUACAUAUCCGCUUUUCUCCACUCGUAUCCUCGCUCCGUUAAAGGCGCCAAGUUUUGACGAUAAUUAGAUUAUCGCGAGUGUCACCCAGCGAUUCGUUAAAUGAGGACAGAACAGCACCGCUGAAAACAAAUACAAUUAAUUUUUUAAUUUUUUAACAGCGUGCUGAUUGAUUCGAAACGUUAAAAAUUUCGGUUCGAUUUCGCGAGAUCGUUUAGGAAAGCUCCGCGAAGACUUUCAUCACUCCCUGCGUUCAUUCACUCACUGCGAAUUCCAACGAAGUGAAAUAUAUCGUCCAUCUUUCUCUCCAUCUCUCUCGCACCCGUUUCUCCUUAUAAUAUAACGCACCGAUUUACGCUGCAUAAAAAGUGGAAUGUGCGCGUCAAGAUUAAUUCCAUGCAAAACCUUUUCAGUUUUUGUUUCGAAAAAUAUGGACUUUCUCUAAAUCAUCUUAGAGAGAACCGAUAUUGUACCCUAUAAAAAACACAUGUAUCUCUCAACGCACAGCUUUAAUUCCCGCGUCGUGAAGUCGCUCGCAAAUUUCGGAAAGGUAAUCUCUGCCUCGGAUACCUCCUGUUGAGCGAGGCAGCCCUUAGGGAAAUCUGAACAAACGAAUCGCAAGAGUUAUCACGCGGAAAAUGAUAUCGGAAGAGAAACUCCAUUUUUAAAAAAGGGGGGGAGGAAAUACAAAGACAUCGACUGAAGCCUUUCAAUGUCGGGGGCAAUUAAGUUUAUUAAGUCGUAUCGUUCGGUUUCUCGAAACGGAAUUGGCUUCGACUCGCGAAAAUCUCGAGAAUAAAUCGAAAUAACACCUCGGAACCGAAAAACCACGACGACGACGCCGCCGCCGCCGUCGCCGCGCAUCUCGCCGGGAUAUGCCGCGGCCGCGAUUCCGGCCCCGAGGCAUUCGGGAUCGGCAGCCGAUGGCACGGACCAUCUCUCUUCCGUUCGCGGAAAGUAAAGGGAGACGAGCGAAACCGCAUGUUCCGUCGUCUCGCUCUAGCGAAUGUAUGUCUAUACGCACAUACACAUUCUAUACUUUGCAUGUAAGUAAUGCCUAUUUUCCAAAGAUAUACGUUAUGUGAAACACGCACUCUCUUUUUCGCAAUCACUGAAAUCACGCCGGACGAUUCCUCCCCUCGUGUUGUCGGCUCGCUCGGACCGGUAUUCUCCCCACAUUCUCUCCUCUCACCCUUGCCUCCUUGUCGCCCGAUGACACGCGUUUCACCCGAUCCCUUGACCUUGUGCACAGAAAUCAUCCUUUCCGUUCUCGCGAAUUUUGUACUGUUAUACGCAUAUAACGCACAUAUACGUCAAGGCAUUGCAGAAACGCGCGCCACCAAAAUCGAAAAUCGCCGACGCGACAUCGCCCUUGAGGAGGAGGUGUGCAUACACGACCUUGCUUCCGUAAUUUCGUCCUGCUUUUCCCCCGCCGAUCUUCCGCCGGCAAGCUAAAGUUCGAUAUCGGGUUGGCAACGUCAAUUAGUACCGAUCAAUCCAUGGCUGAUUCAAGGAGAUCCUGAGAGAUAUUCCAAAGGAUACUUUACAAUUUCACGAUUCGUGUAUGUUGAUUCGAAAUUUCUAAGAUUAGACGUUCUCUCCCUGCGUAUUCCUAGAAAAGAAAAUAUGUACAAUCGCAAUCAGUAUUAAUUGGCGUUGCUCUUGGCCCUAACGCUUCUAAUGCUAACAUGUCUUUCCCUUUCUCUCCCUUUCACACACAUAUACACACACACACACACACACACACAUUCUUUCUUUCUCUUUCGCUACUGUGCCACUUUUACCUAGCACUAUAUACAAAAGAAUAUUACUUACAGAUUACAACGGUGAUUUACCGUGAAAUUCCUGAACCAUCGCAACUCAAAAUGGCGUAUGCACACGCAGAUAUAUAUGUAAUUUUACAAAAAAAAUAAUAUCUGAAAAUAAAUCUCCGAUCGUAAGAAAAUUAAGGAUUAUGCCACUCGUUGGUGCUACACCAAAUGUAUUCGCCGUAAACCGUUCCUUCGGAGAUCGAUCUACAGCCUGUCUACUGGCUAAUUCCGUUCAACGUAUCCCUCACUCACCCCGCUUGCGGGACACGAUACGUAAGGAGACACGGUGAAUUGGAAAUUAGGAUCGAAAUGAAUUUUAUAAAUGAAUUUAGAAGUUGAAG